AUGCGAUGUUGCAAUGUAGUUUUGCUGCUGCUGCCGACACUGAUAUGUGGACGCAAGCUGACAGAUAGCAGAGUCUUCCUGGAGAAGGAAGCGCCAUCCUUUGCCGAAUUUCGCUUGAAGCUCAAGGCUAAGGGUUUUGUUGACCCUCUCACUACCAUUGCAGAAGUUGGCACUGUUCGUGUACUUGACAACACUGGGAAGUGCGUGAACUGUGCCAAUGUCGAACACAACUGCACUACCUUGAACGAUGUUUUGAGCCAGGAAACAGGACCAGAAAAAGCAUGCACUGGUACCAUGAAGCCGGGGCAGAAGUUCAGUUGGAAAGUCUCCAACAAGGAGUACGAUCUAAUGAUGACUCUGCCUGCCCGUGAUUUAGGUGUCGCAUUGGACUUUGAGGUCCAAAUCGCCUCUGCUGUAGAUGUCUCAGGUCACAAUAGCGAAGAGCUCACAGGAAGGCAAGUGACUCAGUGGGUGGCAUCGGCCUUUCUUGGCAACAGCAAGCACAAUGUGUGGUACAAAGUUGGCCUAUCUUUGAACGGCGACUUCUCCCGCGGUGUGCAAACGAGUCCAACCAAUGUCACGGUGCCUGAAGAGGCUGCCAAGGAGAUCAUGAACGGGGUGUGUACCACGCCAACAGAGACCUCUGAGUAUGUCGUGAUGGAGAGAGCAUUGCGAAUGGAUAUCUUUUCAGUAUCAGCCCUUUGCGCACCAGACUGCGCAGGAACUCCAACUGUGGAGAAAUGCCGGGCAGAUUCUGACCCUUACAUCUUGAAAGGCUGCAUUCCGGAGGUGUGCACAAGUCCUUCCAGUGAUGAUCUGGACAUGUACAACGCUACUGUAGUGAACCUCGAGCGCCGAGCUUUCAAAGUGCUUUUGCAGUGCAAUCCAGAGAAAGCAGCUGGUCUGCCCUCAGUCACGAAAUGUCAGAAGCCAAAUCAGCCGUUUACCGUUGACGGUUGCUUCCCGACAACCACAACGACAACCAGCACCACUACGACAACUACAACAACCACAACGACCUCAACCACAACGACUUCGACCAGUACAACCACCACUACAAGCACCACAACUUCGACCACAACUACAACAUCGACAAUUACAACGACCACCACGACAACGACAACCAGUACGAGUACAACAACGACAAGUACGACCACCACCACGACAACCACAACAACAACUACCACAACCAGCACAACGACUACUACUACUACGAGCACAAAAACUAGCACAACGACAACGACUACGACUUUCACAGUCACCACCACAUCUACGACUACAACCACCACAGCCAGUACCAUCACAUCCACCACCACCACUACAACCACCACAACGUCAACUACAACGUUCACGACGACAACAACCACAACUUCGACCAUAACGAGCACAUCCACAACAACCACUACAACCACUUCAACGAUCACCACCACAACAACAAGUACAACCACAAGUACCACAACUUCUACCACCACUAUUACGACCACAAGCACAAGUACCACUACGACAACGCAAACAACGACCUCAACAACUACAACCACGAGCACCAGCACUACAACAACGACGACUAGUACCACAACAUCCACAACUACGACUACAACAACCACCACCACAUCCACAAGCACAACCACCACAACCACAACAACUGUAACCAGUACAAGUACAUCUACCACGACAACCACUACCAGCACCGCUACCUCCACAACCACAACAAGCACGUCGACGACCACCACUACUAGCACAAUCACCAGUACCACGACAACAACGACUAGCACGACAACAUCGACAACGACAAGCACCACAACAACAUCUACAACCACAACAACCACAACCACAACUACAAUAACAACAACUUCAACAAGUACUACAACCACAACUAGCACGACUACAACAACAUCAGCAACCACCACAACUACUACAACUUCCACAACCACCACCACAACCAGCACAAGUACUACUACAACCACAACUACAACCAGCACUACGACCUCAACUACAACAACUACGACAAGUACUAGUACCACUACAACCACAACAACAACCACAACCAGCACCAGCACCACUACGACAACCUCCACAAGCACAUUCACCACUACAAGUACAACAACAUCUACGACAACCACAAGUACAAGCACCAUAACAAGUACGUCAACAACAACCACGACGACCACAACAACCACAACAACCAGCACGACCACCACAACUACGAUAACGACAACGACAACGACUACAACUACCUCCACAACUACAACGACCACGUCGACAUCAACUACAACCACAACUUCAACAUCUACGACCACUACGACGAUUACCUCCACAUCAACAACCACCACAACGACAACCUCCACAUCUACGAGCACCACAACAAUCACAACUACCUCUACAUCAACAACUACAACAACGAGUACCUCGACGAUCACUACAACCACAAGCACCAUCACCAGUACUACUACGCAAACAACAACAUCAACAACCAGCACUAUCACAAGCACACUAACGACAACAAGUACAAUUACAACAACCACAACAAGUACAACCACCAUGACCAGUACAACAACAUCCACUUUUACAACUACCACUUCUACAAGCACUACUACUACAAGCACCACAACAACUACAAGCACUAGCACAACCACAGUCACUACAACCACGACCUCGACAACUCGGCCAGGGCAUCAAUGCGUAUCUGUGAAAGAUCCGAAGGGCUAUGUCGUCAAAGAGGAGGAUUUGUGGAGCACCAGUUUGAAAGUUUCAGUUGAAUGCGCUGAUGGAUACCAUGGUAAACCCAAAGCAAAGCCUUGUUUCGAUGAAUCGGAGCCUUACGAGCUUGUAGGCUGCGAGAAAUCACUUUACUGCACCAAACCAGAGGACACGACAGGCUACACCGUAAAGGAGAAGGCUCUGCCAUGCGGCUAUGCCGGGGAGCCAAAGGUUGAGCCAUGCUCUGCAGACCAAGCGCCCUACACGUUGUCCGGCUGUGAGAAAGUCAUCCUUUGCUUGACUCCGGAGAAUACUGAGGGCUAUGAGGCCACAAAGGGCUGCAGAUUGAUUUGUCACACUCUGCCGCUCUCAAGGAGUGCCAAAUGUGGACUUGGCUACAUUGGCGAAGCGCAAGUGAAAGCCUGUGCGGACGGAGUACCUUAUGCGCUCAGAGGAUGUGCUGCUUGGACAGGAACCAGUUCAAAAAUAGCACACUAA